UUGUUGUGCGCUUAUGUGUUGUACAUUUUAAUGAGUUCAUUAUGUAUCGGUAUUUUAUGUAGAAAUAAAUAGCGCCGGAAGGAAGUCGGAACUCUAUAAAAUUUAAUGUGUCGGGAUUAGAGCAAGCAGAGUCAUUAAUGACCAACACAAUUCUUGCGUAAAUUCGUCCAAAUAUUAUUCCAUAAAAGAUUCAUACAUUUAAUUCCAAUAUAAAGAAAAAAAAAUAGUGUACGUGACUGAGAAACUGUAAAAUUUCGUGUGUGUAUUGUAUGUAAAUGUGAAUUGCAGAGCAAAUUAGCAAUUAAACCAAGAUUUUUCAGAUUUCUAAACGAAAGUGAUAAAAAUUAAACAACAUUUUACAAUCAUACCUAUGCAUAUUUAUUAAUGAAAGUACAAGAGUCGGAAUAACAAAUUGUACAAUUACACGAACAACACACAACCCAAGAUCUAUGGAAAGAAAAUACCGUCGUCCUACGCACAAGUUGAGAUGAUGUUAAUGUUAUGCAUUUCCUGUCAUUUCUCGUAUUUCUGGAAAACUGAUGUUAGUCGUCAAACUGCUGAGUUUGGGAGGGACGGCAAUUUUUUCGAAUCGAAUGCAAACAAAUUUAAGCAGACUGCAAAUGCAGCGAAUGACUCUAGUGAAAAAUUAUUUAACUCGGCAACCCUUUUAAAUACCUUAACAUACAACGUGCCGCUUAGUGAACAAAAAAUUUGAAUCGAAACAAAAUGCACCUGAAAAAGAAACGCUACGAGGAAAGAGACGACCCUAGUAGUAGUAGUUAUGGAUCCAACAUGGCCGAUGCACGGGAAGUUCGAAUUGAGGAGCAAUUAAAAGUGAAGAUUGGAGAAGCUAAGAAUCUUAGCAGUCGAAAUGCAGCAAAUACAAGUUGCAGCACACAAGGAACCCGUGAUGUAUAUUGCACAAUCGCCUUGGAUCAGGAGGAAAUUUGUCGAACGCCCACAAUUGAACGCACACUAUGUCCGUUUUUCGGAGAGGAGUAUCAAUUUAAAAUACCACGGCGGUUUCGCUAUCUUUCGGUAUAUGUUUGGGAUAGGGACAAACAUAUGAAGCAAGACAAACCCAUUGGGAAAAUUGCUAUAAAACGUGAAGAGUUACAUAUGUACAAUCACAAGGAUCACUGGUUUUCACUGAGACCGGUAGAUUCCGAUUCGGAAGUGCAGGGUAUGGCACAUAUCGAGGUACAGUUUGAAGAAGCACCUGCACAAAUGCACGAACAAAGGAUAAAUCUUUUGCGGCCAAGUGAAUAUGAUCGCAAUAACAGUGAUAUGCUUGAAGAGCUGGUACAGCAGCAACAGACGCUACAGAACGACUAUAAAGAGAACAGUGAACUGAGUAAUAUACAACGAAACAAUACCAAUAAGCACCGAUGCACUGGUGGAAGCAGCGGUAUUAGUACAUUUUUUGGUCACCAUCAUCAGCACCAUAGUAUGGAAGAAGCAACGAAUUGGAAAAAUUGUAGCAUAUCGACAACGACGAAUGGAAAACAUUCGCGCGUGACGAUACGAAUUCCCGAGUGUACAGACUUGCCAAAAAAGAAUGGAACUUGUGAUCCCUUUAUUGUAUGUACGGCUAUGUAUUCCAACAAGCGCCAAAUAUCAAAACGCACAAAACUACGCAAGAAGACAGUGAACCCAGAAUUUGACGAGGUUCUGAGUUUUGAUCUAACCAUUGAUGGUGAUUCAACGUCUGGCAAAUCCUCACAGUACGAUUCUAGUAGUGGUACAAUAAAUUCUAACAAAGCCUACACUAUUUACCCUGUGGGUGGGGCGGAUUUGUGUGAGAUAACUGUGUCAGUCUGGCACGAAGCAUCGGGAAUGUCGGACAAAGUAUUUCUGGGCGAAGUCAAGCUUCCCAUGCGCAACAAGCAACAACACUCAACAAUACAAUCUUCGGCUUGGUAUUACCUUCAGCCAAGAUCAUUAAGCUCAUCUAUACGAUCAGUGAAUCCAUCGGCGCGAUCGUGCGCCACCCCACCUGGUACACGUUUAAGUGGAGACAGCACCAUCGGAUCGCUUCGUUUGAAAAUUCUUUACACCGCUGACCAUGUUUUCCCACUCGCAACAUACGAUGAUCUAAUGAAUCUUCUGCUUGAGUCGGUAGACCAAAAGCCCAUUACAUUGUCGUCCGUAUUUAUACUGGGCGAGUUGGUGUCAUGCAAAACAGAUGUGUCCCAACCAUUGGUGCGACUUUUUACUCAUACGGGUCGUAUCGCUUCUAUUAUAAAAGCUUUGGCUGAUCAUGAGAUCUCUAAUUUAACGGAUCCGACAACAAUUUUUCGUGGAAAUACUUUGGUGUCGAAAAUGAUGGACGAGGCGAUGCGCUUAUCAGGUCUGCACUACCUUCACCAAACAUUAAGACCAGUGCUGGUGCAAAUACUCGCUGAAAAGAAGCCCUGUGAAAUUGAUCCGUCCAAAGUAAAAGAUCGUUCGGCUGUCGACACAAAUUUGCAUCAUCUUCAAGAUUACGUUGAGAGGGUAUUCGAUGCCAUAACAAAAAGCGCUAUACGUUGUCCCAAAGUGUUGUGCCAAAUUUUUCAUGACCUGCGAGAAUGUGCCGGACGUCAUUUUCCCCAAAAUCGAGAAGUUCGUUAUUCAGUUGUAUCGGGUUUUAUAUUCCUUCGCUUCUUUGCACCGGCCAUUCUGGGACCAAAAUUAUUUGAUUUAACAACGGAACCACUGGACUGUCAAACAAAUCGGACGCUUACAUUAAUAUCGAAGACUAUUCAAUCAUUGGGCAAUCUUGUGAGUUCACGUUCCUCGCAGCAACCCUGCAAAGAAGAGUACACCGGUCAGUUGUAUAAGAAAUUCUGCACAGAGAAGCAUGUCGAGGCAGUGAAAGCGUUUCUAGAAAAUAUUUCUACUCCCUGCAUUGACGAGAAGGGGUCAACGGCAGAGUAUGGCAGCCUAUUCCCAGUGGGUGAAACUAUAUUGGAACCAGUAUUACUGAAAGAAGGUACGAUGGCUAAAUACCCACAGUACGGCAAACGAUUUCGACGACCAUUUAAACAACGCUAUUUUCGAUUAACCACCCAAUCUUUAAGUUAUGCCAAAUCAAAGGGCAAACAACCAAUCUGUGAUAUACCAUUGGCGGAAAUUGAACGUGUCGAACAGUUGAAUGAAAAAAGUUUUAAAUUGCAAAAUUGUUUUAAGAUUGUACGUAAAGAUCGAUCAUUUAUUGUACAGACUACAAAUUGCGUUGAGGAGAGAGAAUGGAUCGAUUUGCUACACAAAAUAUGCCUAACGAAUUCAAUACGAUCACAAUACUUCCAUCCAUCUGCGUUUGUAAAUGGCAUCUACAGCUGCUGUAAUCGCUCGGAUGAGAAUGCCCCGGGUUGUAAAAAUGUGUCUCCAGAAGCCAUGGAUUAUUUUCAAAUGGACUUAAUAACAGCGUUGGAUCCAGCUUUAGACCUACAACGCAUUCAUACCUUAAUUAUGUCGCAUAUGCCACAGUUGGAAGCAUUUCUCGAACAGACUGGUAGCUUUCAUCAAUUGCAACAACAGCAAAAUCCACUUGUGGCGACAGCAGUAUUUUUACAACAACAAUCUCCGCAUAUAUAUGCAAAAUUUAAGACAACAAUUAUGCAAUUAAGAGAGGUUGCCUAUGUGAUCGAUAAGGAUCAUCGAAACUAUAAGCAAGGAAUAUCGCGUGAAUUGAAAUAUGGCAGUCGGCAGGCACCGAUAGGCGAUGACAACUAUUUACAAAUGAUGCGUACUUCAGGGCAUAUGGAUUUGCAACAACAAAUGCAGCCGCAACAACAACAAAACCAGCAAGUAUUACCGCAAACACAAAUGCAGUUAGUAAUGGCAUACCCUUAUUACCAGCAACAUCAGAAACAUGGCAAUAUGAACGCUUAUUUUAUGCACAAUUUGCAGUCGUCGAUCCAACCUCGCCAACAACAAAUUUCCCUCUAUCAGCAGCAGCAGCAACAACAACAACAACAACCACAUCCACACCAGCAACAAAGCAAUCAGCAUAUAAUGCGAGCCGCUGUCAUGGUGCAUCAUCAUUCCUCGGCAACACCUUCUUCUAGUAACUCUUCCACUACUUCAAGUGUAGCUCCCACAAUUACACCAACAUCCAGCAUAUAUCUGCGAGAGAAGCUUCCAGUUGAACGCUAUGCGAAUAAAUGUUAAAAACGAGUUCAUAAUAGACUAAUGGCAAACCUAUAUUAGUUUUUUUCGUUUUCCAUUGUACUUACCUAAAACUUUUGCUUCCACUCCACAUGCCUUCCAACACCAAAAAUUAAUCUAAACCACUAAAGCCACCCCAAAAUAUCAAACUACUAAAUGCUGACUUAAGCUUCUCAUAUAUACAUAUUAUUUACACAUAAAUAUUUGCACUACAAGAGGUUACUUUUAAACAGUAUUGAAUUGAGGAAGUACACUGCUUCACUGCAAACAGAAUUUUGAAAUGUAGUCGUUUGUGGAACGAUGAUUGAUUUUGAGACACGACCAAAUUUUUGCUAAUUUGACUCUUGCUUUUUUAUGAUUUUCAAAUGUUUGUUGCUCAUGAGAUUAGCAUUUAAAUAUAUAUGCCUCCCCCAUCAAUUGACUGUGCCUCAAAGCGAUGCCAAAUCAUUGUGCUGCCAAAUAGACUUUGCUAAACGCCAUGAAUUCUUUUUAACGGUUUUUUUUUUAUUUUUCCUUCAAAAUUGAAUCCGAAUACAUUUUGCCAACAUAUCGUUGGCUCAAUGCUAUUUUGGUUCAUUCGCUAUUUGUGAAAGCUCAGUUGAGAGCAUCCGGACGCGUGCACAGAUUGCUGUGUAUAGUGAAAUUGAGUGCCUGAAAAGGCGUGUUAUUGUCGCCUUUAAAUAACGAAUCGCAUCAUGUACUCUCGGCGAACGGCCCUAUGGUUCAUUAUUUCGCCAUCGAAAAAAAUUCAGAAAGCUCAUGAAACACAGGUAAAAUUUACGACAGUACAAUGCCUGCCAUACUGGAAAAGUUCCGUCAACUGCAAUUUCAACCGCCUAUAGCAAGGCGUAUUUAAUAAGGUGGCCGCACCGGCGAAUUGUUACAACGAAGCAUCUUUUUUGGGAACUUGAUAUGUCAACAUUUGUAAGCAAGGCGAAUAAAAUUCUAUUCGCCAUGACCAAGGGGUAUUUAUAAGGUGGCCGCAUCGGCGAAUUGCUACAACAAAGCAUUUUUUUUUUUGGGACUUUAUAAGUCAAAAUUUGUUUACAGGGCAAAAAAAAUCGAUUCGCCGUAACAUUUAAAAUUUACGGCAAAUUAACUUCAACCAAUCAGAGCAAGAAGAAAGAAGUUUAUUAAUAUUUGAGUGUCAAGAUAGAAAAAAUAUUAAAUUUUUUUUAAAAAUUCCUCCAACAUGGCAGUUUUAAAUAGUUUUCACUAGGUUAUUGCAAAUUGCAAAUUUUGCCCUUGAACAUUCCACUAAGGAACAGGGUCAAACUUCUCACAUAUCAAUGAGUGUAUUCCGAUUGAAGUUUAAGCUCAGUGAUAAGGGGCCUCUUUUUUAUAGUCGAAUCCGGACGGCGUGCCUUCCCAUCUUCUCCACAUGCCGCACCGAUUUUGCAUAAGUGAGCUCGUAGUCCUAUGUGUCCCGUUAUGACACCUUCUUACUACCUUUCAGUAAUAGCCUCGUCCUCUGACGAUCCGGAUCAUCCCAUAGGAUUUUCGCCGCCCUACCGACUGUUUCGCUAUUCCACAGUGUUACAUUCGCGUUCGUCGCCCACGCCUUUAAAUCGGACUGCGUCGAUCCAAAAGGCUACGGGUUAACCAAGUUUAUCGACGGCAGUUCUCUGGCUUUCACUGCCAAAUUGUCUGCUCUUUCAUUCCCCCUUACUCCGUUAUGGCCCGGAACUCAAACAAUGCGGAUUGUGCCAUUCUCAGAGAAGGUGUUAAUCUUUUUCGGGGGCGAGGCAAUGAACCUAGUACCCUGAGUGAUGCUGAUAGCGAUUAAGGUUGUUAGACGUGUACCAUUAUAUAACCUAAGUUUAAGAACCAUUACCGCAGCGAACACAAAAAUCAAUUUAGAGAAUUUUUUUAAAGUUUAUAUUUUAAUAAGGCGAAUUCAAAAAUCUAUUGGCAUAUCAAGUUCCAUCAGCUGUGCUGAUGCGACCACCUUAUUAAAAACGCCUUGGCCAUGACAUUUCAAAUUUUCGGCACAUUUGCUUCGACCAAUCAGAGCAAGAAGGUUAUUUAUUUUUGAGUGUCAAGAAAGAAAGAACAAAUGUACAAAACUCCCAAAAGCUCCAAAGGCUAAUCCACAAAACAAUCAAGAAGGCAUAGUUUUCACAAGCUUAUUAGAGCGGUAGGUAGCUACCGUACUGCUAGCAAAAUGCUCAAAAAGGACGAUUUUAACUAGAGAGGUUUUGUAGGACUUUUUGAAGCUCUUGGAUAUUUUUGGAAUUUUCAGGUCAUUUGAAGAGGAUAGUUAAAGUUUGUUGGCUACGAGGAUGACGUUGUCAUUAUGGUGUGUGGCCGUGUGACAAGAUUGGCCAAUGGGCGUGAUGUAUCCCCCGAAAGAUAAAGUUUGUGCUAUUCACCAAUAUGAGGUAAUUUGGUGUAUUCGGGGGAUCUCUCCUAGAUGGGGUAAAGCUACCGCACUCAUUGCAAUGUCAGAACUUUGACGUCGUUGUAUAGACGCCAAACGGCAGAUUAGAGGGAACAUUCCAGCGCGCCAGGUCGCCUUUUGGUUAUGCAUGUUGUCUUCUUUAUUCUAAUGUCUGACUUUGUACUGACGUAAACUUUAUCUGGGUUUCUCUGCGCUUUUUCAUUCUUUCAAAAAAAAAAAAAAAAAAAAUAUUUUGAAGUUUAUAUUUUUGUAAGGCGAAUUCAAAAAGAAAUUGACAUAUCAAAUUCUAUCAGCUGUGUUGAUGCGGCCACCUGAUAAAUACGCCUUGGCCUAUGUAUACUUUAUUCUAAACUAUAGUAAAGAAUGGAGAGAAGUUUACUUAGACAAAAAAAAAACGGUGUUCGUUUGAUAUUGAAGUUGUUGGGUCGAUAGGGAUUGCAAAUGGGUCAUAUGGCUUCAUAGCAGAUAUAGUUUUUAUAUGAAACUACUACUGCUUUUGGACUGUUUACUUUGUAUCAGCAUAACCUAUCGUUCAACAUUCACAGUGAAUAUGACAUUGGACCACUUACAUUUAUAGCUGCCAAUUAAACCAAUUUUCAAAUUGACUACUCGUCUCUCUAGGAGACGUAAGUAUGUCGCAAUUGGCAGAAGCUUUAGAAAAAUAAUUACUCCUAUAUAUCUACUCCUGUAGUCUAAAGUCCCACUAAAAGUAACUCCUCGAUUGCAUGCCAACAAACAUUUUUGUUUUUAUCCAAUCUCGUUGAACUGUUUUGUUCGAUUUACAGUUGUGCUUAAACAGCUUAAAUCUAAAUUCACCAUAAAUGUGUAUUGCUAUAUAUAUAUGCUAUGUAUUUCUAUAAAUAUAUAGUUUCCUCAUAAAAGGUUUGUAAACCGGGCUGCGGAGCCGACUCCGAACUGCUCUCUGACUCCGGCUUUAUACUCCGACUCAGGCUAGACUCCGCGGCCCUGGUUUAAACUGAGUACAAGUCAUUGAAUGCAAGUACAAGUCUUUUAAUGCGGCGAGUAAGCAAGACUCGGUCCGGCUUAAAUAUUUAUAACCAAUGAGUUUAUCUUAGGCUAGGAAAAACUUGAAUUAUUUUCAUAUAUGUUGCAUAUGUAACAAACUGUAACAUUUUUAAAUUGUGUAAAAUUUUUUCAACAUUGGAGGUGGAUGAAAAUCAAAAUCUGCACUUAUUUCAUUUGGUUUAACGUACUGCAAACGAUUAAACAACUAUAAAGGAAACAAAGCAGCAAUGAACCAAUUCUAGUAAACUUACUCUAUAGAAUUUUCAUUUAUGGACGGGAGAUCUCAAAAAACAUAGUAAAUAUUAUCCAAAAACACCCUAACCUAACAUCAUCAAAUAAAUGCUGCCAUUUCCGGCCUAGUUUUGAGCAACCAUUGCUCUAACUUCAAGUGAAUGUUACUCGAUUUGUCAAGAUGGCUCAUAAAACGGAACAGCAUUUUUGAAAAGGACUCUGUCGAAGGUUUACCCUCUUCUUGUUGUGUUUAUGUUGUCAUUGCCGAUUGAAAAUAUGAUGUGUGAUAAGUUUUGAGAGGUUAUUUUUAAAUUGCAGUCCUUCAAGCCAAAAACAAAUGUGUACGAAUAAACAUUGGUUAUAUGACGAACGCAAUAACCAUACUUUAUCAAUGGACCAUACAUCUAAUCCAUUAUUCCGUUUCCUGCCAUUGCUUGAUAAAGAUUGAACGAGUUAUGACAUUGGCUAAAAACAAGAAGUAAAUGUAAAUAAAACAAAAAAAUGUAUUAGUUGUACUUCUAUCGUACACCAAGUGAGAAGUUUUUGUCGGUGGAGUGGUGGUCCCAUAUUUAUUAGUUUAGUUUUACUAACAUCUAGUAAAUGUAUAGAAAUUAAAAGCUAAAAGUUCAAAUUAUGUAUAGAAAAUGUUUGAUUAUUUAAACAUUGUUUCUCUAAAUUUAAGUAUAUUAGUUAUGAGCUAGUUUAGAAUGCUUACGAUACAUACACGCCACAAGUGCGUGUACAUAAACAUAUUUAUUUACAACUAAAUAUAAUUGUAAUUUUAACUUCAUUAUGAUAAACAAACGACACUCUUCUUCAUAAUAUAUCGUACAUAAACAUUUUGUAGCAUACAUACAUACAUUCAUACAUACAUAUACCUUGUUGUGUAUAAAAAGAAGUAGAUUUAGGAAAAAAAACAAUUCACAUAUUUUUCUCUGAAAUAAGAACUUCAUUGUAAAUUAUUGUUUGCCUCAUUAUUAUUUUUUUUUAUAUAUAAAAAACAGUAUAUUAUUUAUUUAAACAUUCGAGCGUAAAACUUUAACUAAAUGCUUAUGAGAAACCUAACGUUAAUAUUAACAAGAGCCUUCAAAGACACUUUUUAAAUUGAUCCUGUUAUCUUGUAUUAUCUAGGGAGGGCGAGAGUUUCCAAAUAUUGGUUACUUAUUGAAUUGUUAAUAGGAAACAUUAAGAAAAGAAACGGGAAUUACAAAAAGAGGAAAAAAUAAUCAUACACAUUAUUGUCAUCAUCAUCUGGGAUGAUGAUAACAAACAAAGAAACGAAAAUUCUAAAUUUUUUAACUCCAAUUUACAAUAUAAGUUUUCUUUGAUUUUCCUAGUUUUAAGGGUAACAUCAUUUCAUUCGAUAUUUAUAAUACAUUGUAUAUGUGUACAUUUUUAAUUUAGCUGUCUAUAUACAACAAUAUUAACGCAUAACAAUGAUAACGACCAAAUCCAUUGGCAUACAUUUGUGAGUAAAUGGGUAAUAAUAAAAAUAAAGCGAAACGAAACGAAA